CUAGUUUUAGUGCUUUGAAACUGUGUGAAAUGUAUUACUCUUGUACAACUGUUUACUUUAAGACAUGGCUCUUACUUCAUGCUGUUAUGAAACAGCUGCUCAUCAAGUCCAUCAAAACUUGUAUGUGUGCAUGCGCGAAUUUAUGUGAAAUGAGGAAUCUGAGGGUUUCUGGGCGUUAAUUUGGGGAAGUUGUGGUCAGAUUUGGGUGGGGGGCACAGAGAGAGUGAUAUUAAGACAGAGAUGACUGAAAGAGAUUCGUCCAGACUGAAAGAGAACUGAGAUCAACACAGCGCUGCAGGGUUAUUCACACACUGAGGUCUCAACCCACCAAGCGAGAUGAAUAAAUGCCCCACUGCUGUGAAUGGCCCUGCUAAUCCAGUCUGUGCCAGUGGUAGUGAUACUGGCCAGAUGAGUAAAACAGGCCCUAAUGCUAAUAAUGUGAGCCUCAGAGCAAAGAACAAGGACAGACAAGGACCACAUGACUUCCAGGAGCCCAGACAGCGUCCUUUGUCAACAAUCUCCAUCUCUGAUGUGACCCCCCCCUCUCAUCAGCGCCGUUGGUCAGCCGACUUCUGCACAUGUGGGAACUCUACCGGCAUUAUCGUGAGGAAGAAGAAGAAGAAGCCAAAGCCUCCUCAGCGCUGCCUCGCCCUCUGCCAACCCCACACCACAUCCCAGACUUCAGUGAAACGCUACUCCUGCCCUCCUUUGGGGACCUUUACCUCACCUGGUCAAUCCUCUCCCUCCUCCUCCUCCUCCUCCUCCACCACCUCAUCCUGCUCCUCACCUCCUCCCACCCAGACAUCUGUCAUCACUGGCCACGACCCUCGAGGCUGGAAGGUGCAUCCCAAGUCAAGCUCCACCUCCUCUCAGCUUCGCGCUAACAGGCUGUCUCUGCAGAUUUCCAUCCCUGUCAACUCUGUUCCAAACACUCCAAACAACCCAGACCCAUCAACCAAACCUGCCCUCAGACCAAAACCUUUCCAUCGCCACCACUCCGACUCCUCAGCCUUCCUCAGAUUUCUGGAAAGUCCUCGUUCUGUGGUGACAGCAGAGGAGCUCUGUGCUGUGCGUCUUCGCCAUGUCACACUUUCUGAUGAUGAUGUCUUCACUAAGGGGGCUCAAGAGAAAGACAAAGUGACCACUCAGCCACGCAAAAUACCACCACCUGUUCCGGAAAAAACAGCCUUGGCGAGACAAAUAGCACAACUGAUUUCUCGUUCACGGCAGCGCUGUGGGCCAGUCACAAUUAAAAGCAACAAAAAUGAAAACCUUCACACUGGCACGACGACGCCAAAUCCCGAAUAUUCACAUCAGACUAAUGAAAACAGCUGCAUAUGUGCAUGUGUCAAAAACAGCUGGGCUACAUCUUCAUAUCAGCUGCGAUAGGGACAGGUCCGACCCACAUUUCCCUGGCUGAGAAAUCUGAGAGAAGAGAACCAAAACCUUCUCUAAUCACCGACACCACACUGUGUGAAGUAGAUAGAAUAUGUUUCUCCCUGGGGAUUGGACACCAUGUUCUGUCUGCAUGAUUUAAGGUAUUUUCAAUAGGUUGAAAUUCCUACAGACUAAAUCACACUUUUCUAGCUCCAACAUCAAAGCAAAUGAGUGUUAUUACUUCAGUUUUGCAUCAUUUUAUCUCUUUACCAGAUUGUUGGACCCAUGCUUCUUCUCUUUGCUGUGAAAAUAUGACUGUUUUUUUUUUUUUUUUUUUUUUUGUCUGUUACAAGCCAGGGCAGCUUCAAGGGAACACAUGGUUACUUUUGUAGAAGAAAACAAACCCUGCAGAUGUAACUCCUGCUCAUUAUGAAUACAGAUCAGAAAACUAGAAAAGCACUCAGAGAGCGCAGUACUCAGCCAAGGAUGCUGAUUCCCCCUAUGGCAUUGUCAGAUGUGCAGCAUUUUUUUUUUUUUAAUGCAGCAUUUGUUUAUUUAUUAGUUAUUGACAAUCAGAAAUCAUGGCACCAUAGAACGUGGGCACUUACGAACAAAAUGACCUUGCACACACAUGUUAUGCAUGUGUACAAUAUGUACGGAUACCGAAUCACAUGACCUAAAUAUGUAGCGGGUGGGGAGAAUUGAUGGGACUCGGAAACACCCCCACAGUUUAAUCAAUUAUUUCUUGUAUUAUUUACAAUGGAUAAGUCCUGAUAAGAUUGCAGCGGUUGACUUGUAGUAGGAUCGCAAUCAUGUGAUCGUCAGCAGGCAGCUGACGCAGCCACGUCCUUGCCAAAAUCUAAUCACAUGGUCCUUGUGUCAUUUCUGACCUUCCCUGAAAAUUUAAUCUGACUCCAUUAGAUCGUUUUUGAGUAAUGUCGGAACAGACAGACAAACAGACAUAUGCUGAUCAUCACAUAAGUGUGCUGUGUUCCUUAGUGGAGUAAUAACAAUUGUAAAGAUAUUUGUUGAUACAAGGUGUGAUCAAAAAGUUAAGAGACUGUUUGUGGUGCUAGUGCACGGAGCACGUCCAGUCAUGCAUGAAACUAUCAGCAGGUGCCGUGACACCACACUACUCAUGUUGCUGUGAGCACUGUGCCCCUUUUACGAUUUCUCCAUGAACCACAAACUGGAGCUAAGAGUGAACAUUACAUUGUGUGUCAGUCAGCAGCCAUGAUGAUCCAGCCUUCACGUGGAGGACCAUCACUGGUGAUGAGAAGGAACAGCAGCUUUUACAGAUCAUCAAGAAACCAGGAGCAUGCUCAUUGCUUUCUUCAACAGUCACAUAGUUGUGCAAGAAGAAUUUGUCCAUCAGGUCCAGACUAUCGAGACAGAAUUCUACUGUAAUAUCCUGAGGUGUCUGAGGGAAAAUACUUGGUGCAAAUUACCUAAACUGUGGCGUGAUGGCAAGAAUGCGAUUCUGAGCAAGAUUCUUGGCCACAGCAACUCAGGUCCCUCUUGCUAGAUGUGACUCCUUGUGACUGAAAUUUAAAUUGAAGCAUUGCAGUUUUGACAUGGUUAAAAUCUUCAUCGCUAAUCACAGAUUGCACUUUGCAUUCUUAUACAUGGGAUUUCGAGUCAUCAUUACAACCACUGCAGAAGCACUGGGAGAUGUAUAUCGCUGCACAAAGAGCCACACUUGGAUAAAGUGUAGUUUUUGUUAUUUAUAGGCACAAUCUCUGAACGUUUUGAUCACAUCUCUUACUGUAAAUAUAAUUUGCUUGACUGCACGGUACCUAAUCUGAAUUCAUAGGCAAAAUACACUGGCUGGAUGUGUUGAUCAGCAAGGAAUAAGUUGUAAAUAUUAAGAUCUGAUAUGGUGGUCAAACACCAUGUGGAUGUGUCAUCAGUAAUUCCAGGCCAGCACAUAUAAUUUCUAUUCAUUGUUUUAAAAAUAUCAAAAACAAUGGUUAAAGCUUCUCAAGUGUGAUGAUUCGCUUUUUUAGUUCGCUGAAUACAACACUGUCAAUUAUGCUUUUCAAAUGUCACAUUACUUGCAGCCAAUUUAAUCAAUUAUAAAUAAGCUGUUUCAACUGUUUAACGAUGCAGAUAAUCUCUGCUUUGGUCAAAAUACAUGAUUAGUGGAGCCAUAUGAGUGUAUGAAAAGUGUUACUUUUCUAAUAAAUUUUGUGAAAAACUUGUGCUUCUUUGUUUGUUGUUAUCAGCAGUUCACAUGGUCUGAUGUAUUUUGACACUCCAGUUGAAUUUCUGCUGCUAUGCUCCAGUUCAGGCUUGGCAGGCUCUUAUUAUAUACUGAAUAAUACUGAGGUAAGCUCAAGUGCGUUUGUCCGGCAGAUGCAGAGAUGUAAUGGGCAGCAGCAGGAAAAUCUGACCUGCUUGUGCCUGCUGUAUGUCUGGACUAGUAUGUGGAAUUAAUGAAAGUGCAGAGAAUCUCGAAAACUGGGAUCCUCACAGCAA